AUGGAAGGGUCCUCUAUGCAGAUCCCCGGCCUCAAUCUUGGCCAGGGGCAAGCUGAGGAGAAGCCAACCAGUGAGGUGACGCAAAACACUCCUGUCGUUCCGGAAAAGCAGCAGGAGAAUCUAUCUCCAGUGGUUGAGGCCUCUGCUCGCCCGGAUGAGGGCAUGGAUCUCGAUGUCCCAGGCAGCCCAGAUGUUACUGACGCGCUUGAGGCUGCUCUUGCCGCCGAGAAUGAUGUCAAAGACAUGGUGGCUAAAGCCCAGGAGUCUGUUACUGCUCCAGCGACUGUCACUACAACGGAGAGCAAUGUCAAUGUCAAGGACACAGUCAUGACUACAACACAGGAAACUGAUAUUACAGAGACCAUCAGAAAUACGACAAACGAGACUCCCGUCCAAGAUGGAGAGCAAGAGGAGGGCGAGCACCCAGAGUGGGAGAUUGACUCUUCACCCUAUGAGUCCUCAAGCUCCGAUUCUUCAGAUGAUGACUCAGAUGAUGAAGACUAUCCAAUUCUCGGCGUCGAGGAAACCGCCCGGAUGUUGAUGGCUCUCGAGCAUGAUGGUGAUGUGAACGGGUCUGGAGGCGUUAGAGAGCCAAUCCGAUCCAAAAACGAGAAGCCUGAAGAGGUGAUCCCCAAGCCUGAUGUUCAAAUUCUCCCCGAGGAUAAGAUUGAGCUUUUGGGUCAGAUUCAGUUCAUUGUCGAGACCAAUCUUGUCAUCCAAUCCUGCAAGUCCGCUGCAGAGCAGGUUCUAGACACCGGCACUGUACUGUGCAAGGAAGACCGCACCGUCAUUGGUGCCCUGGCUGAUGUGUUAGGCAACGUCAGAGAUCCCAAGUAUACGGUGGGCUUCGCCAACGAAGAGGAGAUCAAAGAGCUUGGGCUGGAGGUUGGAAUGCCCAUCUUCUUCUCAACGAGGCAUGCCAAUUCUGUUUUCACCAAGCCGCUUAUGCAAGCGAAGUACACGGAUGCGAGCAACGUGCACGAUGAGGAGCUUGCUCCCGAAGAGAUGGAAUUCUCCGACGACGAGAAGGAACAAGAGUACAAGCGGAACAAUAAGCUGCAGAAGCGAACGAACCGCGAGAAAAAGCUCGGGAUUGAACCAGGAACUGGUCGCGGUGGCGGUCGCGGCGGAAAGUGUGGUGGUCGAGGCGGAGGUUCAGGCUGGGGCGCCCAACAUGCUCCUAGCUCCUCCGUUGCGACAACAGCUACACUCGAUUAUGAUGACGACGAUGGGCCUUACCGUCCAUUGGCCAGACCCCCUGGAUUUGGUUUACCUCCCAGGCCCCCGAGUCCGGCUCGCGACCAGCUGAACUUCAAUCAGCAUGGUGAUUUCGACAAUCGAGGCCGUGACGAUAACCGUGGUCAUGAUGGCUUCCGUGAUCGAGGAAACAGCCGUGGCAGGGGCGGCUUCAGAGGCAAUUUCCGCGGUCGCGACAACGAAGGGGGUCCUCGCGGCUUUGGUCAUGGGAGACAUUCGUCUGUCUCGACUGAUGUCUCCACCGCAACAUCCGCAACUCUGCCAGCUUUCUCCGCCGGCGGCAGCCCUUCUCCCUACAGCUUACAUGUCCGCCCUUCAUUCGCACCCGUUCCAGCUCCUACCCAAGGCGCCUGGCCCGGCAUGCCAGCUAUUCCUUUCCCCCCUCCGCCGCACGGUUAUUCAGCUGCUCAGCAGGCACCGCGUCCACCCAUUCCCGGACAGCCGCAGCCUCCUACGGGUGGGUUCACGUUUAACUAUCCCGCCUGGCCGCAGGCUCAAACCCAGGCCCAGGGGCAGGGGUACGGUUAUGCUCCAGCGGCUCCAUCCCCAACCCCUCCCCAACAGCAGACUGGGUACACUCAGCCGCCGAACUGGGCCGGCGCAGCCGCGAUUCUCCAUAAUUUGGCACAGGGUGCCUACGGGCAGCAGGCUCAGCAACAGGCUCAGCAACAGGCUCCGCAGCAGGCUCAACAGCAGGCUCAACAGAGCUAUCAAGGUCAGGCUACCAAGGUCAAGCUGGUCACCAGGCCCAGCAGAAUGGAGGUCAGCAGCAGGCUCAGCAGCAAGCUCCGCAACAGCAACAGAAUCAGUACUGGCAGCAUUAGGAAGGAUCGGCGAACGACCGAUCCGAGUCUCGACGUGACGCCUAACUGA